GGCCCGAACGCCGUCUUGUGCUCCGGCUCAGUUUGACUGCGUCCGAGAAUGGGGCGGCGAAGCGUCGUCCUGGCUCUCCUGGCUGUCCUGUUGGCGUCGUCGCUGCUUCAGCUCCUCUACCAGCAGGAGGGUUCUCUCGAGGGGCGCAGCACAAGCCAGCCCGUGUACGCCGGCGCCACCAGGCAGAGCCGAGCGCACACCCAGGUCCUGCUCUGGACGCAGAUCCGCUCAGGGUCGUCCUUCACCGGCCGCGUGCUGACGAUGGGAACUAAAACCUUCUACUCGGAGGAGCCUAUUCGCGUUUACGACCACACCUUAGGGAGGGAUAUUGGUGCGGCCGUUGCCUUCCUCAAAGACAUCUUGCUCUGCCGUUUCUCUCGGCACUUGAAAUAUUUCAAGGAAUACUUAACAUGGCAUUACCAAGAUCUGAAAGUGAAAUAUCUCUGCCAAUUCGAGCCAAGGCUGUGUUCCUCUCCCUUCAUUUAUGAGGCCUUCUGCCGCGCCGCCCCCGUGGUGGUAGUGCGGGUCGUGGCUCUGGCCCUGACGGCGUCCAUCCCGCUGCUGGAGGAUGACGAAAUGGAGCUCAAGGUGGUCCACUUGGUCCGCGAUCCCCGGGGCACGCUCGCCUCCAGGAGAAAUCUUCCCUCCUUUGCCCAUGUUUACGAGGAGGAGUCGAACGUGACCGCUGUGUGUGCAAGGUACCGGGAGGACCUGGUCGCGGCUGCCACGCUCCGUCAGUUCUUUCCCAAAAGGUACAUACUAGUGCGUUACGAGGACCUGGCGCGCUCUCCGGAGAGAGAAGUCCGUCGCCUGUACGAGUUCAUGGGCCUACCCUUCACCGCCCUCGUCUCUCAGUUCAUCUUCGACCACACGAGCGGCCUGCAGAAGCGGGGCGAUAUGGACAAGCCUUUCACUUAUUUCAGGAACUCCACGGAGAUCGCGGAUCGGUGGCGCGACAAAAUGAGUUACGAGGACGCGCUGGCUAUCCAGGAGCAGUGCGAGGACGUCCUGCAGAGCUAUGGCUACGAGGUCUUCAGGAGUCGCAGGGAGUACUCGCGCCGGGGAGGGGCUCUCGAGGCGCCGCCUUAGAUUGCGUCCCAUACCGACGCGAAGAAUAUAUAAGUGUAUACAGGACAAUUGACUUCGUUCUAUAGCUAUAUCCUAUGAACGUGGCCACGCUUGUGCUUCGUCAGUCAUAUCUCAUAAAAUAAAUAAAGAAGGUUUGCUCAGUCUAUCAAUAGAAGCUUUAGUCAGUGAGGAUACAAAUACGAGACAUUUCCUGCUCGUCAUUUUCAUGAAAAUGCUUGCCACGCACA